AUGGCUAAUCGACAGGAUGAGUGUAUCCCGGAUGGCGGGGACGUUGGUUACACGAUGACGGAACUGCAGCCGUCGCCGCCAGGAUAUCGAGUCCAGGAUGAGGCCCCGGGCCCACCUUCCUGUCCUCCGGGCCCUUACAAGUACGCGAGUCACGGCCACGGGAGCGAGCCUGCCAAUUUCAAGAGUUCCCCGUCGUAUCCUCAGGAAGGCUAUGGCCUUAAGCAGAGUCCGUCUCGGACGGUGCCUCCUAACGAGUACUAUCGGCGUAGAAACGACGGCAGGAGGUCCGCGGAGAACGAGCACGAGACUGGUAACACAGCCAAGAAAGCCACCACGGUUGCCGGUUACAACGAGAGUCACAAGAAGAAUACUGCGGGCUACAAGAACGACAGCGGGUACAGCGAGAGCCUCGGAUUCGACAGCUACACGCUCCCUCUCAAUGAAAGAGACGAGGCGUCGCCACCGCCAACGCCACCGGUUAGAGACGCGUCAAGUCUCAAAGGUGUCUGUUAUGGACCUGGCCACGAGAAAUAUCCAUCCUGGCCAAGCGCACCGGAGAGACACACGGACGAGGACGUGCACAGUUCAGGCCACAGCGGAUCCCAUCGUUCCAAGUCUUGGACCGAUCACACCAAUUACCCGAAGGAGAAGCCUGCCCAAUACACCAGACCGCACACGAAGAGGCCCAAUCCUACGUUCACGCAGCAGCUGAAGACGGUGAUGGAACGUUGCGAGAAGAUCCCCGCGGAGACUUUCGAGUCUCGUAACAGAGGCAACGUGGAGGAGGAACCGAGAUUGUGGCCUCGCGUGGAUCGCGAGGGCAAAGCUUUGGGUGACGCCGAGUACGUAGUGCCAUCGCCACCUGAAAGAGAACAGCAAACCGCUCAGACUCUUAGCCAUGCAGACUUGGAGGCUUAUGUUAGGAGCUAUCAGGAUCCACAAGUGUCCCAGGUGGACAUUUACAGGGAGGCAACCCUAACGCAAGCAGGUCUUGAGGAGUACACGAGGGUGCAGCACUCUCAGCAGGCCAGCUACGCACAAUCAGAAGGCUAUCACAGUUACGUCUCUAGCGUCGAUUCCACGACGAACACGCCGUUCCUCGACAGAUUGAGAAGAGACAGCGAGGCGGUGGCACAGAGACCGACGUCCACGUGGGAAGACACCUCUCGAGAGGGAAGAGACAGCGUGGUGACCACGUCCAGUGGAAGCGCCUCGAGCAGCGAGACCCUGAAAUGGCACGGCUCGAUGUCGGACGUGAGCGUGUCGAGUGGAUUGCCGGCGCGGCAGGGCGCGUCCGAUCGGUGGCACCACGGGUCGAUGUCGGACGUGAGCAGCGUGAACGGUGGAAUUUUGCCACAGAAGCCGAACAACGGCUGUCACGACAAAUGGCAAGGUUCAAUGAGCGACGUCAGCACUAGCGGCCUGUCUCCUACAACGAAGGGGAGACACAGCGAGAAAUGGCCUGACAAGUGGCAGGUCUCGAUGAACGAUCGCAAUAAACAGAGUCAGGGCAGGGCUAGUUUGCCGGCUGUGAUUAAUCACUGUAAUACGUCUGCUAAUGUGGCCGAUGUUUCGUCCACCGUUAGAGAGAGCAAAUGGCAAGAGUCUAACAUCGACGAGGAAUCUUUGGUGGACAAGUCGCAGGGGAGUUCUCAAUGGGACAGUUCGGUGCGAAUCGAGGGUGAUAAAUACGGUUCACUGGCACAGCCUAUGCCGCAAAGUCCCAUACGUCAGCAGAUCGGUCAAACUACCGCGCAGAGUCCGGAAAACUGGAAUCCUAUUCACGGAUCUAUGUCGGACGUUAGUCAGGCUAAUGGACUUCCUUGCAGCAAGCAACUGAUCGCUCAUAGUGCCAGAGUUCAGACACCGCAGAGACACCACUCGGAGAGUGUGCUGUACUUGGAUCGCGAACGAAACCAACGCAAACUUUAUCCUGUUAGUACCACGCAGCCUCAGGAAUCUACUCCAUCCUCGAGAAUGGUACAGUCUCAGCAGCCACAGAUGACGGUAGCAGAGCGUAUAAACGAGCUAGAAAAGCAACAGCAGCAGCAACAACAGCAGAUGCGUUACACGUAUUUAGAUCCAGAAAAACGUCACAGAGUCUCCGACCCAACCUUAAAAGCCAUACAGAAGAAAGCACUUCUCUCCUUCUACGAAAGACACCACCAGGCUUCCUGGCGAUCGGAGCCACAAUUAGCUCAAGGAACAGCUCCUGCGCCUCAAAGUCCCCCGCCACAGCCACCGCCUCGCCCUAGACCACCCUCCUCGAGACGUGCCAGCUCUGCUUCCGACUACGCCAGCGGCACUUGGCGAGAAAACGGCAACAGAAACCAGGGUCAGGGUAACGGCGAGCUGUCCAGUCCUAAGCACCAACACAGCAACAGCUGCGGCAGCCUUUCCACGGACUUGUUAGGCCCUGUGAUCGUUGGGCCGGCUAUAUCGAUCGACGACUGGGUGCCAGAGAGGCCGCCCAAGAAGCCUCACCUGAGAAACGUUUACAACGAUCGCGUGCCUAGCCCCGAUUUGCCGCCACCUUCCCCUCCGACGGUGACCGAGAACGAAGUUCACGAUUGCGACGAUCCACUGCCUCCACCGCCGCCAGAGCUCAGCGAGGACUGCUUCGCGGACAACCAGCGCAAGUCCGGCAACGCUCACCACCAGUCCGAAGAGUCGAAGAUUCGCGACAGAUCCUGCGACAGACAUAAGCUGGAGAGACACUCGAUGAGGAGAUCCAAGCAUGGUUCGAAGAGAGAGCACGAAAAGUCUGGCAAGUCUUCCCCCAAUUCGCCCACGAAAACGGUGUCCCAGGAUCAGGAGCAACACCAGUUCGUCAGGGCAGCCAUAGCAUUGAAGCACGUCGAUUCAGAAAUGGUGCUGGAGAACGGAGUCUCCGCUGGAUUCGCCACUCACAGAAUGGUGGCCACAGGUCGGUCCAGCUUGAGAUACCCUUCUACGCAGAAGUUAAUGGUGAACGGUAGAGUGACGCCGGCGAGAAGAAUCUCGGAGGAGAGACCUUUCUCUGGCAGACCGCCUGCUCAGCUACCCGAUCUCAUUUCUCAGCGAUACAGCGACUCCGGGAAUCAGCGACCGGCUCCUCAGGUGCCCGUAGAACCUAGGAUCAUUCGUCAGGAGUCUAUGCGGGUGGACGGAUCGAGGAUCGACGUCUCAGGUUUGCUUAGAAACGAAGCUACUCAGAGAUUGGAGUCGUCCUCCGGUCAGAGACCUCAGCCGCAGGUGCCUAAAAGCGUCGACAAGAGUGUCUCGAGUAAUCAGUCGAAUCAAGCAACGAGACCGAACUAUCUACCCGUCCCGGAGAACUCCAAGUGCUCGCCGAAGUAUCUGGAAAGUGGAAAUCACGGAUUCACCAUUGGUAGUCCGGUGAAGACAGGUUACGAGGCGAACUCGAAGAUGUUCCCGUCAGAGUCCAGUCCGCAGAAGUAUCACGAACCCCCUAAGUACGUGCCUAACCAUCAUCAACGUCACAGCGACGUGACACAGAGGAACUACUACGCGCUGCCGCCUAAAUACAUCGACGCACCGAAGCAGAAGCCUCAGCCACAGUGUCCUACAGACAGAUACGGUGGUUCUGGGUCGCCUAGCUCUCCUCCUCCGCCUCUGGCGCCACGUCAGAACACUCCAGGCAGGAAGUCGUUGCCGCCUCCUCCUCGGCCAGCUCCUCCUCACGCGCUACAGGGGAGCCAAUCGAAGGCCUCUUACCUGGCCUACCGGCGUGAACGCGGAGCGCCCGACACAGAGGGCAGCUACAAGAGAACCAUGUCACCGACGUCUCGCCUAGAGGACUGGUCACCGCCGCGGGAUCACGACGAUCCGGUUCUUCUUCGCGUCACGCCUCAUCAUCCGUUGCAGCACCAUCACCAUCACCAUCACAACAAUCACCAUUCGCAGCACUUAGAAGAACGAUCUGCGCAACAGCAGCAGCAGCAGCAACAACAGCAACAUUCUGCAGAGGUGAUCGGAAAGUUGUCGCACGAUUUGAACAAGAAACUGCAGGCAACCGAGGCGAGAUCGCGAGCCAGCGAGAAUAAUAACAACGAUAACCUGGAGGAUCGACAUCACCAUCAUCAUCAUCAUCAUCAGGAGAAGAGGCAACAGGAGAAGAGGCACGAUUAUGAGCAACGUAGGGAACGGCUGUCGCCCCAGAGCGUCGAGGUCCUUAACGACAGGAACCGACAGCUGGAACGGGAACGCAGGAAGCUGGCGGCCAGUUGCGAACCCCUACCUCAGAACAGAGAGAAGCAGAAUCGAAGCAUGGACGCUCCCUCCUCGGUGGUCGAGGAAGAUUUCUUCCGCGAGCGAAGCGCUACCAUAGAAAUGACCUCUCAGAACAUCGAGCUCCUGAAUCGUCGGAACGAGAAGAGAACGAGCGCGACAUCGACGUCGACCAGCACGAUCACUACCUGUAUCACAACAUCCUCCACCUCCACAACGAUGACAAUCACGACAGACAGCUGUUGGCCACGCGAGAUGCAGAAUUCCAUCGAGGCGUCACCUGUCUCGGAAAGACCACCACCUCCGAUAACCUCUCCGCCAAGGACACCGGACCAAGUGGAGGGAGAGAGUCCAAGAGGAGCCGUGCCUAGACGAUCCGGAAGCUGUUCCAGUUCCUCCUCCUCCAGCAGAUCCUCCGAUCCUAGGAUUUCUCCGCGAAGCUUGUCGAACAGUUUCUCCAAGAGCGAAAAUUCCUCGCCGAAUAAAAGGAAGGUCUCCAGUCCCACGCAAACGGACAACACUGGUUCCUCGAUCAGAUCGAGCUCGCCUGUUCGUUCGAAUCAAACGAACGAGAUCGAGUUGAGAGUGGACAGGUCGUCUUCGUCGUCUAAGUCUAGAUCAGGAGGCAGGUCCUCGACUUCGUCAAUUUCGAGCGUGUCGAAGGCCUCCUCUUCGUCGUCGCCGAGAAAUUCUCCCGUGGAGGGGGACAGAUCGUCCCUUCCAGCAUCGCCAUGCGUCUCCCCUCAGCCAGGAAUAGAGGGGCUAACUUUGGUGCAACGUACGGAAGUAGUGCUUCGAGUGAACGCUGCUACCAGUGACGCUGCCUCUCAGACUGAUAUUCUGGAACCUAACGAGCCUGAAGGCUUUGGAAAGACGCAGGAGAUUCCGCUUUGCAGGAAGAAACUGCCUGAGGAGAUCGAGUGCGAGGAGUUGGGGAGGGACUUGGCUAGCCAGCUCAGCCCGAACGACAAGCUGGUGCCUCUUCUCGUUCCAGCGCCAGAGCACAAGAAGCCCACCGACUACGUUUCCGGUUUGUUCAGGGUGGAGGCGACCUUGCAGCCUCGACCGAGGCGCCGUCUCUCCCUCGAGGAACCGACCACGCCGUGUUCUGAAAACGGGGACGAGGAGAAAAAACACGAGACGAUACCAUCGGCUCCGGUCACUCCUUUGUCCACGGGCUCGACGAGUCCUCUGUCCCCGACGUCGGCCUAUUUCACCACGUCCGAGGGGAAGGCGAGGUUCCUCACGAGAUACUCGCGAGACGUCACUGUCGUGGAAGGAUUGACGCGGCAGGAGGACGCGCCGACUGUUAUCCCGACCGACAGCCUUGAUCUCAGACAGAAAAAGGAGGAGCUGAUGAUGAGGCUGGACAAGAAGUUAGUGGUCCUGAGGGCUGAGCAAGAAGCUGUGCGUGAGGAGGGCGAGGUGAAUGAAUCGUUGGGGGCAAGAGUUUCCACGAGGAUCUCGGCAGUCGCUCGGCCAGCGGAAGCGUCGAAAUAUCGACUUCACGUGGAAGAAGUUGGCAAGAUUACGAGCUUACUUCUCGGCUUGAGCGGCAGACUGGCUCGAGCUGAGAACGCACUUUACGGAAUGCCGGCCGAUCACGCGGAAAGAGGGAGUAAAAUCUUGGAGAGCAAACGGGACAAGUUGAUGGACCAGCUGGAGGAAGCGAAGAUCCUGAAGAGCAACAUCGACAAGCGGAGCGUGAACGUGUCGACGAUCCUCUCCAAGUACCUGAACGAAGAGGAGUUCGCGGAUUAUCAACACUUCAUCAACAUGAAGGCGAAGCUGAUCGUGGACGGCCGUGAAAUUCAGGACAAGGUGAAGCUCGGGGAGGAGCAGCUGGCCGCGCUCAGGGAAGCGAUCGACUGAGUCGCGUAAACAAAACGGGAAACGUGAUCGCGAGAGGAAAUAGCGAUCGUCACCUGAGAACGCGUGAUUUAUGCGUGAAAAACGCGCGCGUGUCUACACUCGUCAAGCAUGAUUCCUUUUGCACGACAGGAAGGAACAUUUCUCCAACAGCGACCCGUUUGAAUUUCUUUUCUUACUCGUGGCCCUACUUUUUCCACGCGUGAAUUGAAAUAUCGGUGAACGUGAUAUACUUAGCGAAUAGGAAGUAUUGGUAGCUUGAAGUCGUUUAAUUCUUUUAGAAACACACACACACACACACACACAUACAAGCGCGUCCUUUGUACAUAUCCUUCGAGUCCUAGAGGGACUCGGAAACGUCGACGAGAUGAUCCUCGCCGUAUGUUUAAUCCAAUACACAUCGUGCUUUCUUGCGGAAGUGAGGUGACCGAUCGCGUGACAAAAUGGACGAUCUUGAAGAUCCCUGAGACAGCCUCAAGUGCCUAGUCGUUGCUGGACUCGCAUCGACUGUACCGUGUUCCACGUGGUCCCGCGAAACGAGGUCGCGAGUGGAAUGAUAUUCGCCACGAAUGGUAUAGUUGGUGGAAGCGAUACGGGGAGGUCGUGGAUUGAAGUAUUCGUGUAGCCGCACC